UGAAAAUUGGUGUUUUAACCGUCAGGCGCGAUUACAGGAUCCAAAACAGAGGCAAUUGACGGUGCGAGUUCGACACGAGAUCUCAGUGCAGCCUUUGUAAUUAGUUUAAACGUGUUUUACACUUAAAAAGAAAAGGAAAAAAACAUAAUUAAUAUGGAUUUGGAUUCACUUAAGUAUGCAGAUUUGCAGCGGCUGGCGAAGGAUGUUGGACUUAAAGCGAAUAUGAAGGCGGAUAAAUUGUUGAAAGCCCUCAAGGAGUACUACAACCAACAAAGUCCUACGGAAAAUGCAGAGGCUGAGAUCAGUGGAGAGACGGAGGACUCCAAUGCCCGCCAACCUUCACCAAACUAUGAGGGCACAGCGUUUGUCACUGAGCGCCGUGCGAGAGGCCAGAAGGCAAAGAGAAAGCAUUUGGCGGCAGAGGAGCCCGGAGCUGAACGCGAUGGCGGCUGGCUGCAGUCAUCAACAGAGGAGGCUGAGGAGGAACCUGGCGAAGCCGCAGAAGGGGCGGGGAGCUCUAAGAGGAGGAAGCUGUCUUCCCAGGAGGAUUCUGGGACGGAGCCGACGGACGGGAGCUCGGAGGAGACCGAACCACACGGGGCGCCAGAGGGGCCUGUGGGAGGAGAAGAUCGGGGGCCAGCAAAGCCUGCUGGGAGAAUCCCUCGUCACGAAGGGCUUCUGAAAAAGACGAACAGGCCUGUGCUGAAGCCAACCACACCAAACUUCAAGAAGCUCCACGAGGCUCACUUCAACAAGAUGGAGUCCAUCGACUUGUACCUCCAGAGGAAGAACAAGCAGAUGGAGGCCAUCAGGAACCCUGUUAAAGAAUUACAGAUGCUGUCAGAGAAGGCCAACAUCCUUAAACCAGUGGAGAAAAAAGCAGUGCAGAAGCCCAAGGUGAGCCGUGGCUCGCUGUUCAGCCCGGUGCCCCGGGACCGGGGGUCCAUCGCGGAGAAGCGCCGGCUGACCCAGCUGUCCGCCAGCAAGCCCGCCCUGAAGACCAGCGGCUCCUUCAGACCCAGCGUGCUGUCCACACGCAGGAUGAACGUCAGUUUUUCACAGAUGACGCAGGACAACGAGCACAAGCGCUCUCUGGUGAAGACCCCGGCCAGGAUGUCUCCCCACGUGGAGGAUGUUUCCACGCCGACCGAGCUGCUGAAGCCGGAGGGCAAGAAGCCUGCCGUCUCCAGCACCCGGACACCUGGUGUAAAAACCUUUGUUUUCAGCGGAAACACCAGCUUUUCCAACACUCCAGGAACACAGAAGAAAAACGCCUUCGACCUGAAGGCCAGUCUCUCCCGCCCCCUGUCCUACCAGCCACACAAAGGGAAGCUGAAACCAUUUUCUGAUGCUAACGAAAACGCAGCUCUUAAUACCUCUCAGUCACACCAGAAGAAAUACAAGCAGCACCAGGUCCAGACCAGGGUUGAGCGACGCACUCGCCAUGCACAGGACCGGAAGCAGAAGAAGGAGAAGGUGCUGGGGGCCAGGAGAGGCUUGGCAAUGUCCUGAGCCUUUUAUAUUUAAAAAUAACCGACUUCUGUAAAUACUCAUUUUAGCCUUGCCUUUUUUUUUUUUACUGACUGUGUACAAAUGUUUCUCAAGCUUUUGUCUAGAUUUGUAUAGCCUAUCUGCACAUCUUUUUCUGCUCUGCAACCUUUUUCCCCAGACUUGUUGGUUUAAAAAAAAAAAAAAAAUGUAAGUAGUUUGAAUUUUGAGUAAUUGAAAUGACACAUCUAAUUCUGUAUUUAAAGUUGUGUUUUCAGUGAUUGCUAAGUAGUUAUUUCAGUUUUAGUUUUUUUUUUUUACAUUAGCAGAUUAAAGGCACCAAUUAUCUGACAUUCA